AUCAGGGCUGUAGCAUUAAUAGUAUUCCGACAUGACAGAUCCGACCGCGUCUCCCGAAGACCACUGGAAACAGACAGAUGGUGCUUUCAGCGACAGCGGCUUUGACCACAGUUUCUUUGCUGAAACUGCCAGAAAGGGAUCCGUUGUGUCCAGAGCCAACAGCAUUGGUUCGACAAGUGCCUCUUCAGUACCAAACACAGAUGAUGAAGAUAGCGACUACAGACACGAGGCGUCAUAUAAAGACUCGUAUAAAGAUCGACGGAGACAAGCGCACACCCAGGCCGAGCAGAAGCGACGGGACGCAAUCAAGAAAGGCUACGACGACCUCCAGACAAUAGUGCCAACCUGCCAGCAGCAGUCUGAAUUUGCCGUGGGAGCGCAGAAGAUCAGCAAGGCGACUGUGCUGCAGAAAACGAUUGACUACAUCCAUUUUCUUCAUAAAGAAAAGAAGAAGCAAGAGGAGGAAGUUUCAGUAUUAAGGAAAGAAGUGAUGGCACUGAAGAUCAUGAAAGCGAACUAUGAGCAGAUAGUGAACGCCCAUCAGAACAACCCACAGCAGGGAGAGGAUCAGGUUUCUGACCAGGUCAAGUUCAGCAUAUUUCAGAGCAUCAUGGAUUCCCUGUUCCAGUCGUUCAGCAGUUCUGUGUCCAUGAACAGCUUCCAGGAACUCUCCGCCUGUGUUUUCAGCUGGAUCGAGGAGCACUGCAAACCACAGGUGAGGAGACAUUUUAAAUGCAGGAGAACAGACACAGGAACAAUUGUGGGCUGUGUGCGUUGUGUUGUGUUGAUCAUGAUUACCUGUCAAUUUCUUUUUAGACCUUGUUUAUCGUGUAUUUUGGAAGAGAGGCACAAUUGAAAUAACCAGAAAAUACGAUAAUAUUGCAUAGAUAACUAAAAAAAACUAAACUUUUUAACAAAACAUUUGAAAGAGUAACACAUUUUUAAAUAUGAAGAACAGAAAGUCUUCCAUUUCUACUCUGCACCUGAACCGCUGUGCUUAAGUGUCUCCAUGUACCUAAGUUAGAUGAGCGGGUAUGAACACUGGGAAAUGUUUCACUUAAAGUCAGUGACAGAGUAAUGAUUAAAAAGACUAAAUCUGCUGUUGUCAUCAUGUUUUCCACUAACUGCUUUGAUGUCGUCGAGAUUCUUUUUCCUGUGCUUCCUCUUCUUCUCCUUUCCUAGACACUGAGGGAGUUUGUGGUCGGAGUUCUGCGGCAGCUCAGCGGUCAGCUUUACUGAUGGCAGCGAAGCCUCUGGACUAAAACUCCCCUGCCUCGGACUUGUUCUGCGUCUCAGGGUGGAGCAAAUCUGCUGUUGGCCUCAGGCCACACCACAGCAUUUACUCACAUCAUCUGUGAUCCCCCCCCCUCUCCCCCUCCUGCUGGCUGCAAAUGCAUUACCUCAACCCCCAAACUGUUGACAGAGAUGAAAGGUCAUGUCGGAUUGAGCAGUUUUUGUGUUUGAGAUGGAACGUUAUGUUUUGAAUUGGCUAGUUAUUAUGGCUUAGUGAUAAAUGCGUAUCACCAAGUAGAUCCUCGAGGCUGCGGCAUGAAAGAGUUCGUAUCGAGCCAAGUUGUAUCGUUAUUACGCCUUUUCCUGUGGAAGUUAAAUACUACAGUACCACUCCCGAAAUACUCCACUACUCUUCAUAUCACUUCUCUCAGCUGUGCCGUCAGGCUUUUGUAUCACAGAGACUCGUCAAUUCAUAGCUUUAGUGACACAGACUGUGAAUCUUAAUCAACGCUGCUGCGACGAGCCAGCGGCGACGCUGAGACAUUGCAGGUAAUCACCUCUUUUAAUGUAUGAAUCACUGCUCGUGAACAGUAUAAUGACUCGGACAAUAAUUGAGCUACAGCGCACAUUGUGAAGAGAUUCUGUUCUGUUAUUAAGUUGCAGUAAUCCUACGAUACGUGUUCGUUUGGGGGGGGUGGGGGGGACGUCAGAUCAAAGUUUCCUCCUCCUCCAUCUAUGUGACUUUAAAUUCUUCACUUUUUAAAUGCCAGUGGGUUUUAAUGGCAACAUGAUAAAUGCUGUUUAUUUUGGUUUUCAGUUGUGAUCACACACGAUGUGGUGAUAAUCACAGUGGAUUCCCAGUUCCCCGUUGUCUCAGGUUUGUGUCCAUGGAGACAUUUUACCGUCAUUGCUUUAAUCACAGGGAAAAUCAUUCUUUUCUUUUUUUUUUUACCUUGUCUUGUUGCGCAACACUAUUUUAUUAUGGUUUGGUUCUUCUGCAGAUGCCAUUUGACACUCACUGGUGACUUAAUGCCCGGUUGAAUCUAAUGCAAUUAAAUACAGCAGCUCAAGAGGAUCAAGAGAAAAAAGUACAACUGAAGUUAAUUAUGUAGAGGUUUCUAAUUUACAAACAAGGCGGCAGUGGGGCAACACUACAGAGGCCAACUGCCGCAAAACACUACCACAAACACAUCAAAGUUGUCCACCGGUAAAUUAAAAUGUUGACAACAAAAUGAUUAGUUUCUUUUGACAAGCUAGAAUUCAUGGCUGAGCUCUUGUAUUGAAUUUCAGUGGAUUUUAACACGUGGGACAAUUCUUAAGAGUGAUGUGAUGAACCUGUGUAAAUGAAAAAUGAGUCUGUGUUAAUAAAAUAUGACCAAAAUGUGGUUUACAAAUAAAGAACGGAAGCUGCUUGAUUAGGGAAUAAAAUAAAAAUAGUUUGACUCAAAAUUGAAA